UCGUUAUUUUUCAGCCCCGCCUCACAGCAACUGCCCAGAGGAAGCGGAAGAACCGAGGAAAGAUGUCGCUCAAACCGAAGACCAUUGUCUUUGAGGAUGUCUGGAAGGACCUUCGGGAAACGGUGCAGCAGGUGAUGACGCUGCAGUACGUCAAUCGCACCGUUUGGAACAAUCGAUUCGUGGACGUGUACGUCAUUUGCGUUGCUCAUCCGGAACCGCUGGCGGAUCGGUUGUACCUAGAGACAAAAACGUUUCUUGAAGAUCACGUCCAAAAGUUGCUGCUCGAGCGUGUGCUAGUGCCCGAUGCGGAAGAUGCCUCCAAGGACGGCCACUCUACGCCAUCGGAUCUGCUGCUGGCGCGGUACUACGACGCAUGGAUAGAGUACAGCCGCGGUUCACAGUACUUAAAUCACUUUUACCAAUACCUUAACAACCAGCACAUAAAGAAGCAGAAGCUCAAUGAAGCGGAAGUGGUGUACGGGUGUAUCAACCACAGCGACAGCCAGGAGAAGAUGGAAAUCGGCGAUCUGGCGCUGGAAAUCUGGAACCAGUACAUGAUCCAGCGGCUGGGCAGCGAGCUGGUCGAUCAGAUACUGAAGGGCAUCAACGCGGAGCGGGCGAGCAACAGCAGCGAUCAGUCGAACAACAGCACCAACUUUAUACGCGGCGUGAUACAGAGCUUCGUGGCCGUGCAGGAGUACCGUCUAAAGGGUUCGCUGAAGCUGUACCAGGAGCUGUUCGAGGCGCGCAUGCUCGAAGAAAGUGCGCAGCAUUUCCGUAUCGUGGCCAGCGAGCUUCUGCAGGUGUGCACCGUUAGCCAGUAUAUGGAAAAAAUCAUCAAAAAGUUCGAGGAAGAAGAAAAACUAGGAAACAUCUAUCUUCACGCCAGUUCGCUGCCGAAGUUGCGGAAAGUGUGCGAGGAGGAAAUGGUGACGAAGCACAUGAAAUUCUUGUACUCGGAGUGCAAGGAGAUGGUGGCCACUGAGAAGAGUGCCGAUCUGAGGAAUCUGUACAUUCUGCUGAAACCGGUCACCGAGGGACUGAAGCCACUGAUCGAUGUGUUCCUGGAGCACAUCAAGGAGCAGGGCAAGAAAACGAUCGCCUGCAUGAAGGGUGAUUCGGUACACAUACAGUUCGUGGAAAACAUGUUGGACGUUCACCGGAAGUACGAGGAACUGAUUCACCGCACGUUCCGGUCGGAUCCGCUGUUUCUCGGUGCGCUGGAUAAGGCGUGUGCCCGCAUCAUCAAUGAAAAGCACAGCAACAACCAGAUGUGCCGCAGUGCGGAACUGGUGGCCAAGUACUGUGACAGUUUGCUGAAGAAAUCGAAAACGACCGAGGGCGAGAUCGACCAGAAGCUGACGCGCAGCAUCAUCAUUUUCAAGUACAUCGAGGACAAGGACGUGUACCAGAAGUUCUACAGCCGCAUGCUGGCCAAGCGGCUGAUACACGAGCAGUCACAGAGCAUGGACGCGGAAGAGAUGAUGAUCAACAAGCUGAAACAGGCGUGCGGAUACGAGUUCACCAACAAGCUGCACCGCAUGUUCACCGACAUCUCGGUGUCGACCGAUUUGAACACAAAGUUCACCAACUAUCUCAACGACAACUGGCUCGAAACGGGCAUCAACUUCUCCGUCAAGGUGCUGCAAGCGGGUGCGUGGCCCCUUGGCCCGACGCAGGUCGUUGCGUCGUUCGCGAUACCGCAGGAGUUUGAGAAGUCCAUUCGCCUGUUUGAAAAGUUCUACCAUAUCAACUUCAGUGGCCGCAAGCUCACCUGGCUGCACCAUCUGUGUCACGGCGAGAUGAAGCUGUCGUUCGAGAAGCGCAACUACAUCGUGACGAUGCAAACGUACCAGAUGGCGAUACUGCUCAUGUUCGAAAACACGGACAAGUACACGUGCAAGGAGCUACAGUCCUCGUUGCAGCUGCAGCAGGAGAUCUUCCAACGGCACCUGCAGAGCUUGGUUGAGGCGAAAAUUUUACUGCUCAGCGAAGAGAAAAUGUCUGACGAAACGGAAGUUAGUAUCAACACGAAUUACAACAAUAAGCGCACGAAAUUUAAAAUCACCACUAAUCUGCAGAAGGAAACUCCCCAGGAGGUCGAACACACGAUGAGUGCAGUGGAUGAAGAUCGCAAAAUGUAUCUUCAGGCCGCUAUUGUGCGCAUAAUGAAGUCUCGAAAGGUUCUGCGCCACAAUGCGUUAAUUCAGGAGAUUCUGUCACAAUCGAAGGUCAGCUUUGCGCCUCACGUGUCCAUGAUCAAGAAAUGCAUCGAAUCACUGAUCGAUAAGCAGUACAUCGAGCGAACUCCGAACUCGGGUGACGAGUACAGCUACGUGGCGUAAGCGAUCCAAACUCUCUCGGUCGGUCGUAUCAGCAAUUUAUUAUUGGAACACUGGCACUGCACUGCGAAGUCUCAUGGGUCCUCCGGAGCCUCCGUCCGUUUCGACAUCAGUUGGCAGCAGCAGCAGUGCUCAACCCCUUUUUGGCUAGCCCUCGCUCACCCAUUACUGUAAACUGUGCUGCUCAGAGUUCUUCCUAACCGACGUCCCAAUCACCCUGCAAAUCUUGUAGCCCAUUUGUGAUGUGAAUCUCUGAGUAAACGCAACACGGCAGCAAUACCGCGAGGGUCAUGUUUGAACGUUUUUUUUUUCAAGGCCACAACGGCAGCGCGUGAAAACUUACAGGAUAGCACCGUAUCCGGGGUCCCGACUAGCUCUCGCGGAUAUUAUGUUUGACUAGCGUGUGCUCGUCCGCUCGC